GAUUUGAGUUUGAGCAUGUCCUCUCAGCUACCUAGCUUUCUCCUAAGUGAUACUUACUUAAUUACACACACACACACUUGAACGCAUGCAUGCAUACCCGUAUCUCCUUCCCUUCUCUCUCUCUCUCUCUCUCUCUCUCUCUCUACCUGCCUGCUAUCCACUUGCAAAGCACUACCGUUGACACACAGGAAUCCAGACCCACACACACACGCACUCUUAGACCAGGAAGAUUCUUCCCAAACACAUGACAAACUCGCUCCUCUCUCCCUCAGACUGGGAGAAAAGGAAUCCAGAAACAGUGGACUCGAAGACUAAUCUUCUUUCUCCCUGAAUUGUUUUUGGUUUCGAGAGGGAGAGAGGGAGCAAAGUGAGAAAGAAAGCUAGGAGAAGGCUUUGUAUUUUAACUGGAUUGGACAGGCAGCAGUUGUGUUUUUCAUGUUUUAUGGCUUUCUUUGUGUGCUGCUGAGCUGCAGAGAAGAGGUUGGGAAUUUUCAGCUGAAGAUCUUGACUAGCUUCCAGCGUCUGUUGCGUGUGUAUGGAGGGCUGUGGUAGUGUGUGGCAGAGGAGGGAAAAAAGACCAAACUAAGAACACGAGGCAGUCAUGGACACCACUGUGCUUCAAGCGGAUACUUCAGUGGGCUGGAUUUGCACGCUGGUGGUGGCCAAAGUCCAUUCCAGGAGUCACUGACGGCUUUCAGAUUCAAGAACCCACCUACCACCCCUAAUGCAGAAAUGGUUUGGUCUUUGAUUAAGGCGCCAAAUAACACGGCACUAUUCCAUCAUAAUGCUUCGACAAUAAGCGUGCGAGCCCGUUUGCCAACAUGCACAAGCCAGGAGCAAAGAAAAGAGAAAAAGAGAUGAAGAAGCCAAGAGCCUCAGGGGCUCACUGCAUAGAUAUUUUAGAAAAGAUUCAGAUGAUGCAGCAGGUGGUGAAGGCAGUGGGGCAGCUGAGCCAGCUCCCAUGUAUCAUCUAAGUCAUGCUCCCUGGCUAUGGAUUCUCUCCUCUCCCUGACUUCCAGCCUCACCUCCACGCGUUCUGUUGCCGAGGGGAGAUCUCUGCAAUGUGGAUCCCUGGUUCACCCGAGUCCCAGGCUCUGAACAACUCCCAGGAGAACAGGCCUCUCCUGCGCCAGCACAUUGCCGUGUGUCAGCAGGAGACACUAGCCUUCAUUGACCUUCAGCAGCCUAAAACAAAUGGCUUUUGUUCCUCAUCAUCUUUGAGAAGACGCAGUUCCUUGCCCUGCUCCUCUGGCUCGCCUCACAAUAGGCCUUCCUCAAACUACUGCCAAAAUGGACAGACACAUGCAAACACAGCCUAUGUGAAAUUUGGCCAGGAUGGACAUAAUGUGGAAGAAGUUCAGGAUAAAAUCAGAGCACCCUCUGUGGACUCACUUAAGACAGACUCUGAAAAACUCUUCCCACAGUGUAGUCCCAAAGAUCUGUUCCUUCCCCUGUCACCAAUGUUUGUGUCCAGGAACAGGGACUCUGUGGACUCUCAGCAGCCCAGCUCUCCUUGCUCCUCAGCAAGCUCAGAGCUACAGAGCCAUGAUCAGUUUCGUCUACAGAGACGAACAUCACAGGGGUCUUCAAAGGAGAAGUCUAUACGGCGCAAGAUGAGAGUGUACUCACCUGACAGUGUAAGCGAUGACUCUCUAAACAGUCCAGUACUUGAAUGUGACUAUCUGUUCCCUGGAUCCUUUGAGUCCUUCAUAGAAGGAGAGUUGGGAUUAGUGGGCUCCACUGUGCCCACAUCCCAGAACUCCAGCUCUUUGUUAGAUUUAGAAGAAGAAUUCACUCUUCCUUCCAUCUCUUCCCCACCAUUGCUGGCUUCAGAUCCCCCGACUGAGGAUACGGCACUGGGGGAAAGGACAAGUGAGGGAGGGGUAGGAGAAAUGAACUUGGGGGAUGGUGGGCCUCUACAAGGGUCAGUCUUCUUAAGUGGAUGCUCCUUGCCUCAUGUGCACUCCCAUCCCAUGCCCCUGCCUCGAUCCCGUUCCUCAGAUCAUGAACGCCGGCGAUUCUCGGCCUCUGAACUCAUAUCACGCUUGCAGCUUUCACAGAGGAAAAACUCUUUCACCCUAAAGCUGGGAAAGUCACUGUCUGCCCGUGUGACCUCCCGGGAUCGUCAUCAACCUGUAAACUCUGGUCCAGACUACAAACCCAACACCAGGCAGCGCCUUUCAGCGGGUUCAAGUGACAGCACGCCACACAGCCCGGUGGGAUCUGCACCACCACUGCCCUCUGCUGAUAGCACUCUGCCACAGCAUAGGAAAAGCUCCAAGCUCAGUAUGAGAAAAGAUUCAAUUGAUGAGGAUACAGGCACCUCACUUCGAAGUCCCAAACGCCUGUCACGCUUUCUGCCUAGUUUGGUCCUGUAUCAAGAGUACAGUGAUGUCGCAAUUAAUCGUGAGAUCCAGAGACAGCAGGGAGCUGAACCUGGAAUGGAAGAUGACCGGGCUGGGGACAGUCCAUCCCCCAGCAAUCUCUCUCCCUCCAGUUCCUUUUGUUCAUCACGGGGCUCUGCCUUCUCCCUCUGGCAGGACAUUCCUGAUGUGCGCAGCAGUGGACAGCUGGACAAUUUCAGCAAUGAGGAGCGCAAGCUGCAAGAAGCUAAGUUUGAGCUGGUGACAAGUGAAGCUUCUUACAUACGCAGCUUGACCAUAGCGGUUGACCACUUCAUGAUGUCUUCAGAACUGAAUGAGUGCUUGGGGGCUCAAGAGAAACAGUGGCUUUUCUCCAAAUUGCCUGAUGUCAAGGACGUCAGUGAGAAAUUUCUACAGGAUCUUGAGCACCGUUUAGAGGCAGACAUCUUGCGCUUUGAUGUGUGUGACAUUGUCCUGGACCACUGCCCGGCACUACGGAGAGUUUACCUUCCUUACGUUACUAACCAGGCCUACCAGGAGCAGACGUACCAACGGCUUCUACAAGAGAAUCCUCGCUUCCCGGGAAUCCUUGCUCGUCUGGAGGAGGACCCGAUAUGCCAGCGCCUUCCUCUUACAUCAUUCCUCAUUCUGCCUUUUCAGAGGAUCACACGGCUCAAAAUGCUGGUGGAGAACAUUCUAAAGAGAACAAUGCCUGGGUCGCGAGAUGAGGAUACAGCCACCAAAGCGUUUAAUGAACUGAAAAAGAUUAUAAAGGAAUGCAACUCCAGUGUGCAAUCCAUGAAGAGAAUGGAGGAACUGAUUCAUCUCAACAAGAGAAUACACUUUGAGGGAAAGAUUUUCCCUCUCAUCUCUCAGUCUCGCUGGUUAGUAAAACAUGGCGAGCUGUUAGAGGUGGAUACACAAACCAUGAGCAUAUCCGGGUCAAAGUUUAAACUGCCAACACGUCCUGUGUAUCUGCACCUGUUUAAUGACUGCCUCUUACUGUCCCGAAGAAAAGACACAUGGAAAUUCAUGGUGUUUGUGCAUGCUAAGAUUGGUGAGCUAAAAGUGAAGGACUUGAGUCAGAAGCUUCAGGGCAUCUCAGGCUUCAUCUUCCUUCUGCAGCUGUGUGAAGGCCAGCAGCUCAAAUACCAGAUCCUACUCAAGUCACAAACAGAGAGUGGCAAACAGCGAUGGAUCACAGCCAUGAUUCCUCCUGAUCCAACUACAGCGCAUACAAGUGAAAAUGAGGAUCUAUCUCAGGUUCAGUGCAUUAAGAGCUACCAGGCCCAGGAACACGAUGAACUCACACUGGAGAAGGCGGAUGUCCUUCAAGCUAAAACCAUUACAAGUGAUGGAUGGGUGGAAGGCAUCCGGUUGUCUGAUGGAGAAAGGGGCUGGUUCCCCAAAACGCAUGUGGAGGAAAUUACAAGUCGCAGCGCUCGUUUGCGAAACCUUCGUGAGAACAUUCGCAUCAAGUGCGUGACCCAGAAACUAGAGGGCGAGCCUCAGUGAAGGCCUGUAAUAUAAUGCAUACUUUUAUUUAAAACCUUGAUUUAUGGAAAGAGAAAUGAAACCUGGCUUUCCACAAUAAGCUUUGAUUUCCCCAAUGGUAGGCACAUAUUUGCAGUAAUAUAGUUGCACAUCAAAAAUUGUAACAGUAUCACCUUUCGAAAAAUUUUUCUCCUCUUUUGUUGCUGUUAGCGUUUGUAGAUAUGUAGCAAUUUUUUAAAGGAAUGGUUUCGGGAAAUAAAAUUUCUGUGCUUCCAAUUCCAUAUACCUCAAGUGUAGCUAAUCAGACUAAACAUGUUUGGUGUUAAAAUUCUGUUUUUUAAUUCUGCCCUGGAGCAAUGACGGUAAAUCAUCUUUCACAUUCACCUUAAAUUACAUUCUUUGGCUUUGGUUGGCUGAGUCACACCACUGGUACAUAGACAUUGAUCUCAAAGUAGCAGAACAUGCACACAUUUCAUAGUUUAAAUAUAUAAACCAAAUCAAAUGAUUUAAAAUGGUUGCCACUAGAGUUUUCAGUGUUGUAGCUUUGUUUAUUUUCUUAGAUAACAGCACCGCUAGACUGUCAGGAACCACAUGAUCAAUCUAUUUGAGGUCACAACAACGUUCUCUUAACCAUUUCUUUAAUGGACACAUUUCAUAGAGCGCUGCCAUCACACAAUUAAAUGGACAAAAGGCUUAUCAAAUGAGCUUGUACAGGGAUUAAACACAAUUCUGCUGGUUGAAUUUUUAUACAAAAUGUGUCCAAUAUUGGAAUUACCUCCUCAUUUUAAAGCUACAUAACACUUAUUAAUACUCAUUUCAACUGCAAGAUUUUUGCUUUCUAUGGGACUUAAACCAAACUUAUAAUUUGCUGUUGCAAAUGAUUUGUCUGUUGUUUUUUCCACUUCUACUUUUGACCAUUAUUUAUGAUGGUAAGUCUUAACAGCAGGUGUUUAUGUGGAUAUUUUUGUAAUUUCUGUUUGGAGGAACAGCACUAAAUAAUUAUGCUGAGCAUGGUCUAUAAAGAGCAUUAGACAUCUAUUCCUGUGUCGUGCAUCUCUGUAGAUGUUUUCUCUAUAAAAUAAAUGCAACUAUUGCUAACAAAUAUUUGCUUUGGUUUAAACUAGAGUUUAGGCUU